AUGGCGGCAAGUAUUAGCGGCGUGUUGGACACUGAUCUACAAAAUGCUGUGCUACGGAGUAAAGUUUUGGUUGUGGGUGCUGGUGGAAUUGGAUGCGAGGUACUUAAAAAUCUCGUGAUGACGGGAUUCACUGAUAUCGAAAUAAUUGAUUUGGAUACUAUUGAUGUGAGUAACUUGAACAGGCAGUUUCUCUUCCAUAAGCAACAUGUUGGCAAAUCAAAAGCUGCAGUUGCCCGGGAAACAGCAUUAAAGUUCAACCCAGAUGUAAAAAUUACUCAUUAUCAUGAUAGUAUUACCACUUCAGAUUAUGGUGUCAGCUUCUUCAAAAAGUUUAAUCUAGUGAUGAAUGCUCUGGACAACAGAGCAGCAAGAAAUCAUGUAAAUCGCAUGUGUCUAGCCUCUGAUAUACCUUUGAUUGAAUCUGGAACAGCUGGUUACGAAGGUCAAGUUGAACUCAUUAAAAAAGGAUUGAGCCAGUGUUAUGAAUGCACCACAAAAGCUCCACAGAAAACUUAUCCUGGUUGCACCAUUCGUAACACUCCUAGUGAACCAAUCCAUUGUAUCGUCUGGGCAAAACAUUUAUUCAAUCAACUUUUCGGCGAGGAAGAUCCAGAUCAAGAUGUUUCACCUGAUACGGCGGACCCAGAAGCAGCUGAUACUGCGGGUGAAGGUGCAUUACAGACAGAAUCAAAUGAUAAAGGGAAUGUAGAUCGGGUCUCAACUCGCACCUGGGCUCAGUCCAGUGGUUAUGAUGCUGAAAAAUUAUUCAUGAAAUUAUUUCAUGAUGAUAUUAUGUACCUUCUUAGUAUGGACAAUCUAUGGAAGAAACGAAGGCCGCCCGUACCUUUGAUCUGGACUGAUUUACCAGAUGGAGUGGCAGGCUGCAGUAAGGACACAGUAGAACCUGGACUUCGGGAUCAAAGGCAAUGGAGUAUUGCCGAGUGUGGUUCAGUAUUUGCACAGUCUAUUAAGAGUUUAAGUAAAGAAUUAGCAGAACGUCAGAAGAAAUGUCCCUCUGACCACUUAGUUUGGGAUAAGGAUGACCAGAGUGCCAUGGACUUUGUCGCCGCCUGUGCAAACAUACGAGCAUAUAUUUUUGGUAUUGUGCAAAAAACUCGAUUUGACAUAAAAUCCAUGGCAGGAAACAUCAUACCUGCAAUCGCCACUACCAACGCCAUUAUUGCAGGCAUUGUGGUUCUUCAUGCAUUUCGUAUCCUACUAGACAACUUGAAGGCAUGCAGGUCCGUUUAUCUACGGUCAAAACCCAACCAUAAAAAUUUACUACUGGUCCCUGAAAAAUCAGUUAAUCCACCCAAUCCUUUGUGUUACGUGUGUGCACCAACUCCUCAAGUCACACUUGCCUUAGACACUACGAAGAUGACAGUUAAGGAACUAGAGGAAACAGUGCUGAAGACUCGUCUCAAUAUGAUUGCACCUGAUGUUAUGAUUGACGGUAGAGGUAUCGUUGUAAUCAGUAGUGAGGAGGGUGAAACUGAGGCGAACAACGGCAGGAUCUUAGAACAAUUAGGCAUCAGAGAUGGAACAAUUCUGAAAGCUGAUGAUUUUCUUCAGAAUUACUCACUGACAAUCACCAUCGUCCAGAGAGAAGCACCUGCCGUCAAAGGUCAAACCCCAGACUUUCUUAUUGCUGCAGAUCCCGAGGAUCUGAAACCAAAGGAAGAAGAUGACGGUAGCAAAGAACCAUCUACUUCAAACGGAAAGGUGGAGAAAUUUGAUCAGGAUGCAGUGGUCUUAGUAGAAACUGAAGUAACACCUCAAUCAUCUGAUGCUGAUGUUUCCAAGAAACGUAAAACAGUCACUCCUCCGCCAGAUGUUGUUAACAAGAAACAACGAACAGAAAACAGUAACGGAUAUGAAGAUGAUGAUAUAUGCAUCAUUGAGGAUUCUGACUCGGACAUGCAGUGCAUUUACCAAAAAAGCGUAUCACCAACUAAACACACCAACAAACCCAGCGAAACAAAGUACGAAACGGAAGCUCAGGUUAUACCGAAUAAAUGUAUGCUCCAGAAACACAAGCCCUUAUUGGAUGAAGAGUGCCUCAUUGUUUAUGAUGAAGGAGACGAAACACCGAUACCCCCUACAGUAAAACAGCAAAGGGCAGAAUAGUAUACCAGUAAUUACCUGAACGUAUCUAAAUGUGUCAGCAUAAUAUUGGUAAGACGCCAGUUGUCCAAUAACAUUUUUCAACACAAUCCAUUUACCAACAUUCUAAUAUUUUUCAACGUCAUUAAUGUACCCAAUAUUUAUAUUAAAUACCUGAACCAGUCUGAAUGAAGUACAUCAAAGUAGAUUAAUUUAGAUAUUUGCGAAAUUACUAAACUGUUACUCUUGCAAUUUUACUGUGUGUUGACAUGUAAAUCCAUUGACUAUUUAGGUACAAUUGUAACAAUGAUGAUUUUUUUGUUUUGUUAAACAAAACGUCAGGCACAAGUUCGAAGUCUGGUCUUUAAAAUUGUAUUUGGAAAAUCCCUUGGCGUAAUGUUCGAUUCUUCGAUACAAUCAAGUUUUACUUUUAAAUAUGAAAAGUAUUUCACAAAGAUAGACAGUUUUUUUGGCGUUGUGUUUAAAAUUCUAAUGUGUGAAAUUUAUAUUACUUCUCAGCAACAGCAAGUGUACAAAUGAUGUAGUAGUGGUUUUGCGUUCACUAUUAAAAUAAUCUUAAAAAUAGACGGUUCAUAAUCUUCACACAUGACGUGUUUGUGUUUCAUCAUUUCAUAAAAAUAUUGGUUUUUCAUUUUUAUUCUUUAUUGUAUCAGAACUAAUUAUCCAGUCACUGUGUAGAACAUUUAACUACACUUCUUAGGACAUUAGAGAUGUAAGAAUUUGAGAACAGACCCAAACUCAGAUCUGUAAUCGAAAGAAGGAUCCCAUAAUAUAACAUUUUUCUAAAAAAUAAAUGAUUAUGUUUUUUAUAUAAA